ACAAAGUUUAUAUAAUAUAUUACCACUCCAUAAACACUCUAAAAUGAUGUAUCUAUAUAGGUUCGUGUAGUUUCUAUCAACUAAGAAAGCAGAGAUGGAAAUUUUCUCAGAAAAGCUGUUAUUGCCCAUUUGCUUUAUCCUAUCAUGUUUCUUUAUUUUUACUACAGCAAGAUUCCGACAGAGCUCUCCCCGAUCUGCCACGCUGCCUCCUGGACCUCCACGGUUACCGAUCAUAGGUAACAUUCACCAAGUCGGUAAACUCCCGCACCGCUCAUUCGCGGACCUCUCGAGAACAUAUGGACCAAUCAUGCAUCUAAAAUUUGGACGUCUAAACACAGUGAUCAUAACUUUACCGGAAGCUGCAAGAGAGGUUUUAAGAACACACGAUCAAACCUUGUCUGACCAUAAGGCUCCUAACGCGGUACGGUCGAUCAGUCACCACAAAGUUUCUGCUGCAUGGAUUCAUCCAUUUUCGGCUCGUUGGAGACUGUUGAGAAAAUUGUCUGUGACACACCUGUUCUCGCCCCAGCGUAUUGAAGCCACUAAAGCUCUGAGGAUGAAAAAGGUGCAAGAGCUUGUGAGCUUCAUGGAUGAAAGCAGCAAGAGAGAAGUAACUGUUGAUAUUUCUCGUGUAUCUUGUGAAGAUGAAGCAAUAAGAAACAAGAUGGUUGGUUAAGGUCUCAAGACAAUGGAGAUACCACUACAAGGGACAAGCAUGCAAUGGUUGGUUAAGGUCUCAAGACAAUGGAGAUGCCACUACAAGGGACAAGCAUGCAUGGUGGGUUAAGGUCUCAAGACAAUGGAGAUGCCACUACAAGGGACAAGCAUGCAUGGUUGGUUAAGGUUUCAAGACAAUGGAUUAUUAGUUUAUCAUAUCUCAUCUACCAUUUGCCAUACUUGUAACCCUUAUAUAUAUGGGAUGUUCCCAUAAGCAAAUCAAUCAAGCAAAUAAGAUUCUCUUUCUUUACUCUAUCUCUCUCUUUACUUUCUAGAUUAAACAUCUCUCUCUCUUGUUCUUCACUAUGUUCUUCAAUUUCUAACAUGGUAUCAGAGCCUCCAAGCUCUUGAAUACCAAACUGCUUCCGCAAAUUUACUCUAUUCACCUUACUCUUUCACUUGUUUGGUUUACUUUCUUCAUUUCUAGAGAACAUAUCUUGGCUUCCCUUGUUUUCUCUCUUGUCUAGCCUCAGAAAUUCAAAUUUCUUCUUGGC